CAGAAUCCUUAAUAGUUACGAGAAUGGCACUACCAAGAAUCUUAAACACCCACCGAAGUCUCUGCAAACUGAUGAUACACAAAAACCCCAUAAACCCCACAUCUCAAUCUCACUCCCCAUACUCCACCAACUUCUCCAAUGGCCUUUCUCUCUCCUCGGAGCAAACCCAAGUCGGUUACGACCUCAUUUCCAUCUUCACCAAACAACCCUUUCCUCCGGACAACCCAGAGCUGAAGAAAUUUGCACCUAUUCUCACCACCAAACUUGUUGAAUUAGUGUUGAACGGCUUAAAGAGUUGGAAAACAGCUUUUUCUUUCUUCACUUGGGCGUCAAACCAGUCUGGCUAUAGGCACAACUGUUAUACUUACAAUGCCAUGGCGUCAAUCCUAUCAAAUGCUCGACAAAAUGCCCCACUGAGAGCUUUGGCAUUGGAUGUUGUGAAUUUGAAUUGCUUAAUGACUCCUGGAGGUUUGGGUUUCUUUUUGAGGUGUUUGGGUAGUUUGGGAUUGGUUAAGGAGGCUAAUAUUUUGUUUGAUCAAGUCAGAACAAAGGGUCUUUGCGUUCCUAAUGCUUAUAGUUAUGCUUGUUUGUUUGAGGUCAUAUCAAAGUCUGGUGGGAUUGAUUUGCUUGAGAUGAGGUUAAAGGAAAUGAUGGAUUCUGGGUUGGAGUUAGAUAAAUAUACUUUGACACCGUUGUUAAUGGCUUAUUGCAAAGUGGGCAAGUUUGACAAGGCUUUGGAUGUUUUUAAUGAAAUGUUUGAGAAGAAAUGGGUUGAUGCACAUGUGUUUUCUAUCCUUGUAGUGUCUUUUAGCAAGUGGGCUAAGGUGGAUAAGGCGUUUGAGUUGAUUGGCGCGAUGGAAGAUCACAGUAUUCGGAUGAAUGAGAAGACUUUUCGUGUUUUAAUUAACGGGUUUGUGAAAGAGUCUAGAGUCGAUAGGGCCCUUCAGUUGUUUAGCAAAAUGCGGGAGUCGGGUCUUGGUGUUGAUGUAUCUCUUUAUGAUGUGCUAAUUGGAGGCUUUUGUAAGAACAAUGAGGUCGAGAAAGCCUUAUGCUUGUUUUCGGAAAUGAAGCAAUUGGGUAUCCGUCCUGAUGUCAGGAUCCUUAUAAAGAUCGUAUCAUGUUGUUCUAAUGGAGAGCGUGUGAUUUCAUUGCUUGAAGAAACAGUAGAAGAUAUGGGUGAAGAUGAUGUCAUUUUGCUUUACAACUCUGUGCUGAAAUGCCUUGUCAAUAUGGGUUCAAUUGAUAAAGCUCAUUUCCUGCUCUGUGCAAUGAUGGGCGGUGAAUCUAAUGCUGCAUUCGAGGUAAAUAAUCGCCUCAAUAUAAAUGUUCGUCCUGUUACGUCUUGUUUUAGAAUUGUUAUUGAUGGUCUUCUAAAGACCGAUAAACUGGAAGAAAGUUAUGAGCUCCUGAGAGAUAUGGAGGAUUCAGGACUUGAACCAACACAAUUUACUCAUAAUUCUUUAUAUGGGUGCCUAAGUAGAAGAGAGGAUGUUGCAGGAGCCUUUCACAUGGUGAAAAGGAUGCGUAUGCGUGGACAUAAACCAUGGAUAAAAUAUUCAACCUUACUUGUGAAGCAGCUAUGCAAACAUGGGAAGGUAGUUGAAGCUUGUAAUUUUCUUCAUGACAUGCUUCAAGAAGGUUUUCUUCCUGAUAUAGUUGCCUAUUCUGCUGCUUUAAAUGGAUUAGUAAAGACUCAAGAUGUAGAUAGCGCUUUGCGUAUGUUCAAAGAAAUUUGCGCCCAAGGUUGUUGCCCUGAUGUAGUUGCCUAUAACAUUUUGAUAAAUGGGCUUUGUAAGGCCACAAGAAUGCAAGAAGCCGAGGAUGUUGUGAACGAGAUGUUGGUGAAGGGGCUUGUUCCAACAGUUGUUACAUACAAUUUGUUGAUAGAUGGAUGGUGCAAAAUUGGCGAUAUUGGUCGAGCCAUGGAAUUCCUCUCUAGGAUGCUUGGUGAAAAGAUAGAGCCUAGUGUAAUCACUUACACAACAUUAAUAGACGGGUUAUGCGCUGUUGGACAGUCUAAUGACGCUCUUAUGCUUUUGGAUGACAUGAGAAGAAAAGGAUGUGCUCCAAACAGGAUCACUUUGACAGCUCUCAUCAAUGGUCUUUGCAAGUGUGGUCGGCCCGACACAGCUCUAGUUUAUCUUCACGAGAUGGAAGAAAUGGGGAUGAAACCCGACAAUUUUGUUUUCAUAGCAUUAGUAAGUGCUUUUCUAUCUGUAUCAAAUCAGCCUAUGGCAUUUGAGAUUUUGCAAGAGAUGGUUGACGCAGGAAGUGUUACAAACCAACUAGAAGAUAGAUCUUCCUCGAGUGUAAAAGCUCUUAUUGGCUUUCCAACAAUUAAUAUUUCGGACUCUAGAGAUGAAGAACGGAGUGAAGUCUAGUAUUAUUACAUAGUGCCAAAAGCGUGUGAUAUCGGUUGAAA